UAUAAGUUAGGUUCAUUCGUCGCAACCCAACAAACAUUGUUGCGAUGGUUCAAUUUUGCUGGCGAUUGACCUAGGACAGUACAGGCACUCAUGUCGACAUAGCCUGGCCCCGUGGCACUACACGAAAGAUUACUGCCUCAUGUUUCCUUGCAUAAGUAGCCCAUCCAUCCUCAGCAGCUCCCAUAUCCUUCAAUGGCUUCAACUUCCGACUACCAUCUCCAGCCUGCUACUAACUGGUCAACCGAACCUCCUCUCGUGGGAUACCUAAGUCGUAAAACUCUUCCCAUAAAGCGCAACGACGCAGAACCUCUCACCCGAGAGGACGUUCAGUUCGAUCUCCUUUGCCAUAUAUUCAAUGACAAGCACAAAGUUUUCACCCCCCAAGCCCCCAGCGAGGAUCCCAAGGUCCACUUCUGCGAUCUCUACGUCAAUGCGCUGUAUAUGUCACACAAGUGUUCCAAAGUCCUCAAAGACAAGAUGGCCGAAACACCCGCCUUUGCAGUCGAGCUUGCCAAAAUUUCUCUUCUGACAAAUGUGGGGCGCAUCAACACCACUAUGGCAUUCUUUCCAGAAAUGAAGACAGCCUUGCGGACUUAUCAUCCGGUACCCUCGCUUCAAAAGACCGAUGGUAAUGCCCAAGAUGCCCCGCGGAUCAAGAACUGUCUCAAGGCUGCCUUGCUCCCAUCUGAGCUCAAGAACAUGCCUCCGUCUACUCCGGAAGAAAUCUUGCAGAAGAGCAGGGCUCGUGAACUUCCAUCUACAAGUGUUGUGAAUUUAAUAUUCGUUCUAGCAAACCAUGCGGGCCCCCUUGCAAGUACUCACUUCGAUCCGCCCCUGAACUUCCUGGAUCUUUUUUUGCCCAUCAACAUAGCUUCAGCUGACCGCGCGCGCGCGUUUCUAUGGCUCGUAUUUCACUAUCUGGAGGGCCCUGAUCAACCAAAUCCGUACGAUGAUGACUACUCCCGCCAAAAUCCUGGCAAGGUUCCUUGGCUGCGCCGUCUCACAGAAGCAGAAAUGGCACAGGAAAAUGUAGACUCUCCUGAUGAAAUCGAAUGGGGCAAGUCGAUGUCAGCACAAAGAAACCUCUUUCUGCAAAGACUCGUCCACUCUAUCGAAAAAGAGAAAAAGGUCAAGGCCGCUGCGUCUGCAUCUAAAUUGACUGAGCCCACUUCUGGUCGUUCAAGACCCUCCAGAUCACAGCAAGAAGGUACCAGGGACAAACCUUACAUCCAUUAUCUUCCCCCCGACCGUGCACCUCAGAUUACCCGUUCUGUUAGCGAAGACCAUAGAGUCAACUAUAGUAGCUCUCGUGGACUUCAUAGAAGCAUGCUGCAACAUGCUUGGCAGGUCGUCACUUCUACCGAUCCCUUGGCAGACUCGGAUGAAGAACUACAGGAUGAACACGUUAGACUUGAUUACAGCAGACGUGUAGACGUUAUCGCUCGAUUGCGUGGGCGGCCUCCAUCACCACUUCCAGAUCUACUGCCACCGGCCAGCAGCACUAGUUCAUACCCGCCACCUAGUAGUAUUUCUGAUACCCGUGAACACCGGUGGCGAACGGUGGAAUCGUGGAAGUAG